AUGUUUUCAUUCAAAAUCUAUUUUAUCGUACGGAUUGUUCUUAUCCUGCUGGUUACUAUCCCUGCACUUGUCAUUUUCGGGCUCCUCUUCCGCAGGCCUGGUUAUAGCCACGACAACACCCGCCGAUGGGUCGAUUACACCAAGAUAGCCUCGGGCUUUUGGGGAUCAGCUCAAAUCCUACGAUUACUCCAGCAAAUUAUUUUUACGGCUUACUACGAUGAUAUCCACGGCUGGCUCGUUUUCCAGGCACGUGAUGCUUCUUUCGCCUUUGGGUACAUCAGCUCGAUGUUUGAGAUAUGGGCCGUUAUUGCCAUUUUCCUUGCUUUAUUCUACCUGGCCCACGCUUUGACACAGCUCCGAACCGAGGGUCAGGACGACUCUAGCGCUUACCGAAAAGGCCGCAUAGUGGUCCUUGGCGUCUCCGGCUUUCUUGCUGUCCUCAAUACUGUCACUUGGUGUCUCUGGCUGGCUAACAGCCUCUCUCCAAGCUGGGACGACAACGCGCGGAUCAUGUACCUCGUCGCCAGUUGCUUCACCAUCGUUAUCGCGGGUCUCUUAGUCUUUUGUGGUAUUGGUUCCAUCGUCUACUCCGCCAAGUCCCGUAUGAAGGCCCGUGGCAGCCCUGUGCAAAAGGCUGCCCAGAUUCUUGUUGUCUGCUCCUCACUGUACCUCGUGCGCGCGGCUUGGUUCAUGGUCAUCUUUUUCUUCGGUCUUUAUGAUUUCUUCGGGAUUAUUGACGUUUUCCUGGGCUGCUGGAUAUCGUUUGUUAUCUUGGCUCUCCUCUACGUUCUGACUAUCAAGGAGGAGUACUCACUCUCCAAAGCUCACUACCGGUCCAAGACUGUGGUCAAUAGUCAGUCUGCAUAA